GCGCUCAUGGCAUCCAGAACGGUCCAGGGCGUGGAUGUGAUGCUAGUGACCCUAGUGACCGAUAGUGGCAGGUUGUGACGUCUGCUGAUGUAUAAAUGAGUUUAAAAACUUUCAGUCAUGUGCGGAUGACGUUCAGUUAGGACGGUUAGAAUUACUAGGUGUCUUCAUUGUUGAGUUCGGCAGUUUUCUUUACAGAAAGUGGAAUGGUUUAACGGUUGUUUGUCAUAGGACUUAUUUAUUAUGUAAUCUUGAGAUAUUUAUUUGUUAAGGUUAAGGUUCCACAAAGACUUAAUUAAUGUUAUAACUGAAAAUGGAGCCUUCGCGACACGACUAUACGGAAAUAAUAAGAAGGCUGCCCCUUAAAUUACGCCUGGCCUAUGGCAUUGGGCAUGUUUUAAACGACAUUUGUGCGUCUAUGUGGUUCACGUAUCUCCUAGUGUUUUUCCAUCUAGUACUGAAGUUCGAUAAUUCCGUGUCAGGAGUGAUAUUGUUAGUGGGUCAGGUGGCAGACGCACUGGCAACACCUUUUAUAGGAAUACAGUCGGACCGGAAUGACGGUUUCUGGCUGUGUAAGUACGGGCGAAGGAAAACGUGGCAUUUGUUAGGAACUGUCUGUGUUUUGGGAAGCUUUCCGUUUAUUUUCUCACCAUGCCUAUACUGCGAAGGAAGCCACCAGUUGGCACAACUAGUCUAUUACUCAGCAUUUGUUAUUAUUUUUCAAUUUGGGUGGGCCUCUGUGCAGAUCUCUCACCUUUCGAUGAUACCUGAUCUAACCCCAAGUGAGCACGAACGCACCGAACUGACUGCCAUCAGGUACAGUUUCACAGUGUGCUCCAAUGUGUUGGUAUAUCUUGUCACGUGGCUUGUCCUUCAUGUUACUGGUGAAAACAAUGCACAGAUUGGUCCUGGAGAUGAAGGAAAGUUUCAGCAUAUAGUGUUGAUUGGCAUUGGUAUAGGUGCUCUGACAUCAAUGGUGUUCCACCUGUUGGUCAGUGAGAGCUCCACCCCUGGCCAUGUGCGAGUUGCAGGCCAGAGGAUAUCCCCGGGCCUCCUGUUGAAAGAUGUGCGGCUGUACCAAGUGGCCCUGGUGUACAUGGCCACGCGGCUGUUUGUGAACCUUAGCCAGGUUUACAUCCCACUCUAUCUGCAUGAGUCCCUCAGCAUGGGUGCAGAGAGCCUUGCUGUGAUACCUCUUGUGAUGUUCGUCGCCAGCUUCACGAUGUCAUUGCUUGUAAACGUUAUAAACAAGAAGUGCGGCAGGAAGUUUGCAUUCCUGCUUGGGGCAACUUUGGGUAUUGCAGCCUGCGUGUGGAUUCGCUUUGGAUCCGGAGUCAACUAUACAACGUAUGAGAUUUAUCCUGUCGCAGCACUCCUAGGUGCAGGAAGUUCAGUCAUGUUGGUGACAAGUCUGGGUAUCACGGCUGAUUUGAUUGGUCCAAACAUAGAGAGCGGAGCUUUUGUCUAUGGAGCAAUGAGUUUCAUGGACAAAUUGUCCAAUGGGGUUGCUGUCACAUUGAUUCAAGACAUGAGGUGCAUGACAGUGUGUCCAACCUACUACCGUGAUAUUCUGUUGUUUGUAUGUGGUGGUGCUGCCACUUUUGGCCUCGUUAUGUUAGCCACACUUGCUCCCUUCCAGAUAGGAACCAGAGGAACAGCAGAUGGCGAACCUGUUUAUGCAGGAUUAGAUUCAAAUCCAGGAUUGGAUCCUGAGCCAGCUUAUUUGGCUCCUGGAAUUCAGAAUGAAGUCCAACCUGUUAUUUCUUAAUGUUUUAUUGUUGUAAUGAUCAAAUUGGCUGUGAGUUCAGAACCUCUUUGUGUUACUAGAACUACAGAGAGUGAGAAUUGUGGUAUUUUGGCAAUGUUUUGUGAUUGCCACUCAAAGCCUAAUGUUGCAAGAAUAUUACCAAAAUGGAAUGUUUCAAAGAACUAGGAAUGUUCUAUGGUUCAUGUAUUAUUCUUUAAUUUUAUUUUCAGACAUGCUUAUGACCCUAUAAUAGCAUAUGGGAAGUGAGUACAGUCUUUCAGUAUUGUCAGAGGUGUGAUUCAGUAGACGGUGUUUAUGACAUUAAGCUGCCAUAUGAGGCAGGGUGUGGCCUACAUGUCUCAGAGAACACAAUGUCAGUCUCAUCGGUAACAGUUCUCAUUAUACCUCAAUGGCACAUUAUUACAGUAUUCCCAGAGUUCCAAUGAUUGUUUUAUAUAAUAUUUACCUGAAUUGAAGAAAAUGUGCUAAAUUGGGAACUUCAAACUGGAAUGAAAAGCUGUCACAUUUACCUCCAUAAUAUAGGUUCAUGUAGCUAUUCAGUUAUUUGUACUGUGAUCAGUUUCUCCAAACUGAAAAUCGUAAAUACCGACUUGAGCGUCUUCUACCUAGUUAAAGUUAUGUAGAAGUGCUGUACUACAAUAUCACACUUUUAACAUGUGUGAAUAGAAGCAAAUGAAGUAAAUGAAGGGACUGAAAUAUAUGUAUCAGUAACAUAUAAUGUGAGGAAUAUUCUUAGAAUAUAAAUUUAAAAUGUUCCUUAUUUUUUAAAAUUCAGAAUUAAAAAAGAAUGUUAUCUUUGAUUCAGUUAAAUAUGGUAUUUUAACAUAAUGCAUUGUGUGUAUUUUAUGUGUUUUAUGGAAAGAAUCUCAUCAGAUAAGUUUUAUUCUAUUCAUAUAUUAUCUAGUUGAGUUGUUUAAUGUAUACUACUGAGUACAGAUAUAUGCACAAUCUGGUACUCAAGUGUUCACAACUGGUCACAAACAGUGUGGAAUAAAAGGGAAUCUCAGGGACAACUAAAAUCUUUUCCUGUGGUUAUUCUGGAAGACAUUUCAAUCAUCAGUGCACAUUGCUGUACUUAUUUGAAUUUUGUAGUGCGUAUGUAUACAUAUACACACACAUUGUGCAAAUACAACCACAGGUUCAGGCUUUGCCUUAAUGUAACUUGAAGCAUUUAAUGUUGUGUUCAAGCCUGGAAAGCACUACACUUGUGAUGUAAAAUAAAUCAGGGGGUCUAGCAAACAUUUUUUAGUUUGUUUACCGUGUUUUUGUAAAUACCUAGCUCUAUAUGGGUAAAUGUGGAUGACACUGAAAGUUUAUUUAAAUAUUUUGUUCAGUCUGGUGAAUAUUGACUGAGAUUCCAGAAAGUUCAGUGUACUUGCAUAACAGAUAUGGACCAAAAUUCAUUUUAAGCUAGGAUUUUAUUUGGAAAUCCUAGUACUAAAUUUUAUGACAGUGCCUAAGUAAAAUACAGUUUUCAGUAUACUUGAAGUUUUGUCACAUGCUGCAUGAACGUUUUCCCUGAAGUCUUUCUUCCACAACUUGCUGUCUCUUCCUCAUAGAUCUCAUCCACUUGAUUGAUCGGCAGGUGAUUCUAAUAUAUUGACUUUUUUUUUCUGUUUCCAGUUCUUGUAUUCUUUUAGGAAUCUUUUGUCUUUCCAUAGUUGAUCAAAAUUGGGUUUUGAAAAUAUACUCUAGUAAGAACUGAAGUUAUGAUUCAUAAGUGGACCUUCCCCCCCCCCACACACACACACACUUUUUAUAGAUGGGUAGUGAUGAGAGUAUUUUCUUAAAACUUGAAACUCAGACUGACUGCACAGCAUAUUCAAAAUGUUUGAGCAUUUACAGAGUUGAUGUCAGUAUUAAUCAAGCAGAAUGUAACUGGAUGCUGACCUAUGCAGUUAUUCUCUUUUGUUCCUUAUAUACAUUGUUUAAAUUUAAUUUUCUUCCAUAAAUGAUAUUUAAAACUGUUGUGGUGUUCUUGUAAAGAAGGAAAGAAGUUGUAUAGUAUAUGAAUUAUAUGCAUAUAUCAAAGUUGA